CACAUUCAGCAGAUCUACUUGGUAAGUAGCACAUGGCGUAGUAGUCGGGAAGCGAAGACGUCCCAGCUCCGCCGCCCCCUUUCCCCCCCCCUCCCCUUCGCGUUCCCUUUCCUUUCCCAUCUCGAACACCAACUGCUGCGAUAAAGGGGAGCCGUGUUAGGCAACGGUCCACUUAACAUAUCCAGCGGCCUGUUUCAUUUGCAGUGGUAGACGUUUCACAAUUGCCUAUCAUAGUCAUCUUCGCAUUGCAACAAAUCUGCAUUGAUCCGAUCAGCUAACCGACUUUCUUCCGUUUGCUAUUCAUAGGUCUGUUUGAUAACAAUUCGUCCGCUCAAUCCCCUGGUCUGACGCUUAAUCUCUCAUCAAACAACCCCUUUCGUAAUCGUGCGGCAUCGCCCGCCAGCCUAUCUACUCCUCCCCGUUCCCCAUUUGAUGAUCCUCCUCCCCGACCGACCUCGAGAAAUCCUUUCCUCGAUCCAUCCAACAAACCUGUUGCUGCCAGUUCCGUCUCGCUCGAUAAGAUGGCAUCUAAAGGCCAGAAGUCGCCUACGGUCGAGGACCUAUUUAACAACUUGUCGUUUGACGAUAAGGAGGCCAAACCCCGACCGCCCCCAGGCCGACCUCCGAUGAAUCGCCCUCCAGGUGCCCCCCCUCGAGGCGAAAACAACCCUCCGCGAGGUCGUGGCCCAACGUCUUCCUCGUCUCAUCGGCCUACUCGAUCGCAAGAAGAAGCAUUGAGAGCGCGCAGGGCGCACGGUACCGGGAAUGGGGAGAAGCUCAUCGAUAUUGGCUCUCCCAAGAGAACGGCGGAUCGUCGCCCACGACGCAAUAGCGACUCGUCUGUGAUAGAGAAGCCGCUAACCGAAGAAGAAAAGAAGGCACGUGAGCUUAAGCGUAAGGAGGGCGAGCGGCGCCAUCGCGAUGGCAAGGACAAGAGCCGGGGAGGCCGAAAGCUCGAUAUCAUUGAUCAGCUCGAUGCCACCAGCAUUUAUGGAACAGGACUAUUCCACCAUGAUGGCCCAUUCGACGCCUGCAAUCCGAGCCGAAACCGCAAGGGAAGUCGCCGCGCCCCCAUGCAGGCGUUUGCUAAGGACUCUGCGAAUAACUCGAUCGGAGGCGCAGGCCCCUUGAAUCAACGACCCGACCACGCACAGUUCAUGGGACAUGAUCCUCACGACGCUUCUAGUAUGUUCGGAAGUGUGGGUAAGGAGUCAAAGAGCGAGACGACGUUUUUUGAUCCUAAGCAGGCGAGCGAAUUCGUCACGGGCGAAGAGACACUAGGUCUUGGAUCCUCGACGUUUUUGGAGGGCACUCCGGCUGCCCGUACCGCAAUCCAGCGUAACCAGGCCGAGGCACAGGAGGGCUUGGAACAAGGAUUGGGCAGGAAGAAAUCAGUUGUGCAACGUUUCCGAAGCAUGAAGCGUGCACCGCGCGAUUACGGCGAGUCGGGGCGAAUUACGAGCCCAGACAGCAAUUAUGGCUCGCGCUCGGCCGACCUUCCCAACGGGAGUAACAAUGGCGAGAGGAACCCCUUCUUCAACGAGUACGACAAGGCCGACGAGCGCAUCUCUGUCCAGCGUAAGGGUUCGAACGCGAUGACCCCAAACAGCCCACCACCCCCUCUACCAAAUACGGCCCCCGAGCGCCGAGCAACUAGCGACGGUCCUGGGUCGCCCGAGUCUCCCAAGGGAUCGAAGGGGCCAGAUGGCUUCCUAUCGCGUGUCAGGAGCCUGAAGGGCGGUCGGCGACAGCGACCGGACCCGCCCAGCAGAGACGUACCACCGUCGGCUCCGGUGGCCAGAUACUAGGUAACGGCUACAUCGAGAUCGGCCGGGGCGGAUUUCAGCGGUCAUAGUAGGGACGAGGAGGGUGGGAUGGCUUUUUUUUUCCUUCCUGAGCUUCGGAUUUGCCGUUGGCCUAGUGCGGUGGAACUUAGGACAAAACGUGGACAAAACGUGGACGCCUCGCAGGUUCUUCUCGGAGAAAGUAACAGUGUUGGCAUGGGUUGGUUGUGGAAGAAUAACAGAGGGAAGGGUUUCCGCGCGCUAACAAUUUACGCGUCCAAGCCUUUCAUACCUCCAUCUUCUCCUACCCUUCUUCGCGCCGUGUACGACGCCCAGGGGAGGGGCCGCCCGCAACACCGUUCGGCUAUCCCUCGAUACCAUUGUGGGGAAAGCAAGAGAGGGAAACAAGAGUGGAGGGAAUACUGCUGCCGGUGGCUAGGCAAAGCUCGCCCAGAAUGAACUCAAUGAAGAAAGCUUCUAAUUACUUGACAGUGCUGGUUAGAAAUAUGCAGAAAUGCUCUCUUCCUGGGCAGUAGUGUAAUUAAUAUGUAGAUACAUGUAUGUAGUGUUGUUCAACUCGGGAUUGAGAAAGCAAGUUGCCUUCGAUAAUAGACGUGGAAAUAUGCAUAUCCAAGGACGCACCGGCUCGGCAGGGAGACGGAAUCAAGAAAUUCU